UACGGGCAGCUAGCUCAACUAACUUUGAAGUGCAUCACAGUUUGUUUAUCGACUUGUGGUUUCAGGAGCGCUGAAAUGUUUGCCGCGAGAAAUGUUAAUUCACGUCUUGUGCUAUACUGAAGAGCUAGAAAAUACGUUGUUGCAGCGGCCGGCCAGUGCGGAGUCGAAUUGCUCGUCGAGGCGACGCACGCUGUCGCGUGCCUGCGCGGCAAGGCGGUGUGGGGCGGCGCUAACACGCUGACGGGGCCCGGAGGUUCACUGAUGCUGUGACGUCACACCGCAACCACGGCGCUACCUCACGGACCGGGCGUCAGGAUGUCUGCGGAGGAGGCGCGCGCGGCGGCCGACCCGCGCCUGCAGCUGCUGCAGGAGAUGCGGCCGCACAACCUCGACAUGAUCCGCUUCGCCUCCUACCGCACCGCCUGCAAGCUGCGCUACGUCCAGAAGAGGGCCAACCUGCAUGCAGUGGACAUCUGGAAUGUGAUUGAGGCUUUCCGUGAGAAUGGCCUCAACACACUGGAGCCACAAACAGAAGUAAAUGUGUCACGGCUGGAGACACUUGUCUCAAGUUUGUACCACAAUCUCAACAAACGGUUGCCAGUAGCACAACAGGUGCAUGUUGAGGCAUGCUCCAGCUUGUUGCUCAACUGGUUGUUGGCUGCUUAUGCUGUUGAGAAUGUUGGAAAGAUAAGAGUCUUCUCAAUAAAAGUGGCUCUUGCUACCAUGUGUGCUGGUAAACUUAUGGACAAAUUGAGAUAUAUAUUCUCUCAAAUAUCAGACGGUAAUGGCCACAUGAUAGUCUGGAGGUUUUCAGAAUACUUGCAAGAGGUGCUGGCAUUACCCGCUGCUGUAUACGAGUCACCUUCAUUCAGUUAUUCAGAUGGGCUAGCAAAUUCCAUCUUUCCUGGGAGUGGCAAAGUGACUGUUAAUGAUUUCAUGGACACAAUGAUGUCUGAUCCUGGCCCUCCCUGCUUGGUUUGGCUGCCAUUACUGCACAGGCUAGCAAGUGUAGAAACAGUUGUCCAUCCCAUGGCAUGUGAUGCAUGUCAGAGAGAAGGAUUUGCUGGGUUUCGGUAUCGCUGUCAGAAAUGUCACAGCUAUCAGCUGUGCCAGGAUUGUUUCUGGCGUGGAAGAGUAUCUGGUCCUCAUACCAAUGACCAUGAAGUGAAAGAGUACACAACUUACAAGUCGCCUAGCAAGCAAAUAGGACAUUCCCUUCGUAAAUCUUUCCGUUGUGUUCCUGAAAAGGGAAGACCAAACAUCCCUCGUUUCCCAGAAGAACCAGAAAAGACGUUAAAUUUGUCACAUAUAGUUCCUCCCUCUCCUCUGCCAUCUCAUAAUGGGUUUCCUGAGAGUUCAUUCACAUCCCCUUUUGAUGGUGGUUCAAUGGACAGCCGUUCAACAGUCCGAAGUGCUUUCUGCACAAGCAGCCCCGGAAAAUACACAUCUAGUCUUGACUCCACUCGUCUUGACGAUGAACAUAGGCUCAUCGCAAGGUAUGCUGCAAGAUUAGCUGCAGAAGCUAGAACAGUGCAACAAGGACGAGCAACUUCAGAAGGUAGCUUGAGUCUGGAUACAUCACAGGCACAGAGAGAGUUGAUCAGUCAGCUGGAAGCCAAGAACCGCGAGAUCAUGCGCGAGAUUGCAAGGUUAAGGCGGCAGCAAGAACUGGAGGCUGCUGGUGGUGGCAGUUCAAAUAGUGCUGCGGGUGAGGAGAACCCCGCACUCGUGGCAGAGCUGAGGGCACUACGGCAGCGCAAGGAAGAACUAGAAACACAUCUUGGUGUGCUCCAGGACUCACGUAGGCAACUUAUGGUUCAACUGGAGGGUCUUAUGAAACUACUGAAGAAUCACCAAGCUUCACCACGCUCUACCCCAAAUUCAUCUCCACGUUCAACAAAAUCACCCCCACUACCACCUGGUGCUGGUGCUCCAUCAUCAAGGUCAGCCCCUCCAACUCCUGGUGGCCAGCUUCAGCCUACCAUGAUGUCCUCACUUGGUUCAGGAGCUGAUUCUCUCACAGGUGUUGGGGGAGAUGUAAGAUCAGCUUUUGGAGCAUCCUCAGGUAUUGUAGGAUCAUCUACAUCAUCUUUGGCUGGGUCAACAAACAAUUCUGGAACAACAAACAGCAGUAGUCGAAGCCUUCGCAAUGACUUGUUAGUAGCAGCUGAUUCUGUUACAAAUGCCAUGUCCACACUUGUCAGGGAACUAAACUCCGAAGGCUCAGACCAAGAGGAUGGAGAUGACAACAUCAGAAAACCUUUAGAUUUUGAAACUGAAGAUGGUGAGUCAGAUGGAACAAGCAACACAGCUGCUUUGUGGAGGGAGGAAAUACGGAAGAGAUAUGAGCAGGAAUCCCAGUUCAUUGCUGAGCUCCGAGCCAGGAAUCUGGGAAAUGGUCAAGAAUUUGAGGAGAAGGCAUCAAAUGAAGCAAAAGGUGCGGGUGAUGAAUCUGACUAUGAACAACGACAAAAUGCCUUGCGCAGGAGAGCAAGCGGCCUUACAGACGAUGACAGCUAUAAGGAAGAUGAUGACUCAUACAUUCGCACAGAUGACGACGAUGGUGGUUCAACAGAUUGGGAAGAAGCCAUGAAACGUUGGGUCAAUCGAUAAGAGUUCAGUUUUUAGAAAUAUUCUUUCGAAUUGUUCAGUUACUCUCUUGGAACAAAAAUGUGUGUACAUCAUAUUGAUAAUGACUGCUGUAAAGCUGGUAUAUUGCAGAUACAAAGUAAGCUUCUGAGAUUAUAUAUCCACUGCUGAAAGCACAGUGCGUCAACAGUGGUAUAAAAAAAAAGUUCUUUCAGCUGUAAUGUAAUAUGACACAUUCUGGAAAGACACAACACUUUUAAUUGGUCUGUUCAGUGAGGAUAUUAAUAAGAUGUUUUGAGUUUAUUCAUAAUUUUGUGCCUCACUGAAAUUAAUUUUAAUUUUUAAGUGAAUGGUGCUGUUUGAGACGAGAUAAAGCACUAACUUUCACACAUGCAUAUCAUUAUACACCUAUCAUUUAUUUUAGUUACAGUAAAACAGGGAGCAAUGUAAAGGGCACCAAUAAUGAACUCUCUGCAGUUAGUACUUAUGGCAAGAAAACUGAGGGUUCUGCCAGUCUGAAUAGAUUACAAUAGAAAUAAUAGACACAAAAUACAUUCUCUGAAAUAUUUUCUAAAGAACAUGUCCAUUUAGUCAGCACUGUGUGCUAGGAAUAAUGGUUUGAUAUUAUUAGGUGCUAGUAAUCUCACUUUCCUAUACUGAAUAUUUGUUUAGUUAAAUGACGAUCACAACAGAUCAUUAUUAAUUAUUUCGAAAAUAUGUUAUAUGACACUCAACCAAUGUGGGCAUUGCUGGUGCUUGCAUUUUUUUGGACAUAUUUGACCAACACGUUGAUCACACAAAUAAUGUUAUAUAAAUGAUAUGAAGCAUGCAUGACCUUUUCAUAUCUUAAUGAGUGACAAAUCAUCAUAGUUAAGUUACCUCCAGACUCAGGUAUAUGAAAGUGAUUUAAACUGGUUAAUAAAAAUCAAAUAAAAUAGGAAGGAAGACCAAUUACACAUUCACGACUGCACCUAUUUCCUUCUGGUAACAGAGCAAGAAAUACAUACCUUUUAUUCUAAGUUCUCUGUACAUGAAUUCUACAUUAGAAGAAGCUAGUGUCACCAUGGUGUGGGGAAGUAAUCACACAAUUGUGAACAUCGAUGUGCUUACUCUCCAAGGUGCAGUCAAAAAACUGUGAAAUGUCUCAAAAAAGACUUGCGUGCCUCAUCCUGAUGCAUACAGGUUACUGCCAAGUGAAACAUACAGAGAUGAUCGUUAUAUAAUUUCAGGUGAUACUGUUGAAGCACAGUAGGUUAAGUUGUAAAUAUUUUGCUGUGCAAUAGAAAUGCCAUACAAACGAGAGAAGCUUUAGUGGAUACAAAUCCAGUUCCUAAGACAUUUCAUUAUUUAACCUAUAUGAUGGAUUCACCACUAAGAUCAAGUACUGCGAAAAAAAUCAAUUCUUUGGGAAUAUCCUUGUCCACAUUACAAACUUGGAGUAAUGGAAGCUAUUAUGGGCAUGUUUCAUACUCUUCUCCAUUAUUGAAAGAAAAUUUUAUUUUUCGAUCCAUAGCUAAGACUACCAGAAAAAUAUUAUGGGCAGUUUUUCCACUUCUUCUUACAAGACACUCUUCAUUCAGAUGAUCAGUAUUUCCUCACUGCUUCCAUCCUGCUCAAACUGAAACACUCUAGUAACUUAUUUCAUAAAUCGUUCUAGUCUGACUGCACUAUCCUCAAUCGUGAGUGGGGAACUAGCACCAAUAAUGGAUCUAGGGGAAUGGGCAAUGUAGAAUGGACUUCAUAUAACACUAUUUUUUGUAUAAAUGAGGUAAAACACAAUGUAAAUUAACACCUGAGUUUUGUUACAUGACAGAAACAAAAAUGUGUAAGUGAACAGAAGACACACACCAGGGCAACAUAAUUAACAGCCUGUACAUAAUGAAGGUGAAUUUUGAAAUAUGUUCAUCUGCAGUUUUGCUUCUGAAAAUUGAAAUAUGAAUAAAGGUCAAUUGGCAAAAAAUACUGAUCAGAUUUGUGCACCUGUCUAUUUAAGUAAAUUUCAUAUUGCUAGAGUCUGCAAAGUGUACAGAUAUCUACAUGAAAUUGUUCUUUUGGGUAAAAAUUUAUUCACUUUUUUUGCUAUUAAUCAUUUACUUCAAAAAAUGUUCUCGAGGUGUCAGCUAUACAUGUACACAAAUACUUCUAAUUAUGUGGAAGUUGUUUACAUCUCAAUUUAUGGAUUAGUUGAAUUACUAGGACAUUAAUGAAUUUGGGCCUAAUUGUUGAAUUUCAGUGUCUAUACUGUGUAAUGCACCUUUAUUUUUAAAAAAGUUGUAGAGAUAAAAAAUUUUUUACUUUUGGCCAAUUCAAUGCUCUUCUGCCAUAUGAAUGGCCUUCAAAACUGAUUUUAAUAUUUCUAUGUUCUCCAAAGAGCCAGAUGUUUAAUUCCUGUUUCUGCUAAAGCAGCUGAUUGCACAUAACAGGAAAGGCACGAUGGCUAUUCUCCAACAUCGACAUAUAUGUUACAGGUUUUGUUUGCUUUGUAUAAUACUUUUCAAAACACUUCUCCUCUUACAAGGGAACCUCCCCAUCGCACCCCCCUCAGAUUUAGUUAUAAAUUGACACAGCGGAUAGGCCUUGAAAAAUUGUACACACAUCAAUCGAGAAAAAAGGAAGAAGUUGUGUGGAACUAUGAAAAAAUAAGCAAAAUAUACAAACUGAGUAGUCCAUGUGCAAGAUAGGCAACAUCAAGGACAAUCUGAGCUGAAAAGUGCCGUGGUCCCAUGGUUUAGAGUGAGCAGCUGCAAGAACGAAAGGUCUUUGGUUCGAGUCUUCCCUCGAGUGAAAAUUUUACUUUCUUUAUUUUCGCAAAGUUACAAUCUGUCCGUUCAUUCAUUGACGUCUCUGUUCACUGUAAUAAGUUUAGUGUCUGUGUUUUGUGACCGCACCGCAAAACCGUGUGAUUAGUAGACGAAAGGACGUGCCUCUCCCAUAGGAACCGAAAACAUUUGAUCGCAAGGUCAUAGAUCAACCGAUUCCUCCACAGGAAAACACGUCUGAUAUAUUCUAUACGACACUGGUGACGGCAUGUGCGUCACAUGACAGGAAUAUGUUGUCGACCCACCUAACUUGCACACCUGGAGAAUGGGUAAAAAGAUUCUUCUACCUUGCCCGAUUUAGGUUUUCUUGUGGAUGUGAUAAUCACUCCCAAAAAGUGAUGAAAACUUAAGAGUUUGUCACAUAAACAGCAACAAAUGAAUGCAACAGUUUCACAGUCACAGUUUUCCCUGUGCUCUAUCAAAACAUAUGUUUUUUUACGUUUUCAAAUGUUUCCGUGUGUAGACCAUCAAAUCCUGCAUAUGUCCAAGGAAAUCUGAACAUGUCCUGGAAUUUUGGAGAGCGAAGUUGAUUAUGUGUGAGUGCCUGAACUUUGAUAAUUGUCUGUAAACAAAAAAUUAAACUUUUCACUCGAGAGAAGACUUGAACCAAGGACCUGUCGUUCCGGAGCUGCUCGCGCUAACCGCGGGACCACGGCGCUCGUAAGGUCAUAUUCUCCUUGAUGUUGCCUACCUUGCGCAUGGACUACUCAGUUUGUAUAUUUUGCUUAUUUUUUUUCAUAGUUCCACACAACUUCUUCCUGUUUUCUCGAUUGAUCUGUGUUCAGUUUUUCCAAGGCCAAUCCCUGUGCCAACUUAUAACUAAAUCUGAGGGUGGUGCAAUGGGGAGGUUCCCUUGUUAGUAGUAUGUGGCACACUAAGGUUUGGUAGUUCCUGAUUUCAUGGCUUACAGUAAAAAUAAAUUUACAGCUGCAAGGCAGUCCAGGAGAGGGACCUUUCAAUUUAUUCAUGUGCACCAACCUGAUUUACUACAGGGAAGGCAAUAUAGGUGUACACGAGAAGAAAGAAUGAAUUAAAAUUACGAACUGUGAAGCUUUGUAUAGUUUGUCAGUCAAUCAUACUGGCAUGUAGAUCUAUGAAAAUGUAAAUAUAUAUAUAUAUAAAUGUAAGAUCUGUGUAAUUGCUUUGUAGAUUGUAUCUGCACAUGACAAACUAUUAUAUGUAACAAACCUCUACACUGUUACCAGUCCAAUUUACUGUAAGUGUAAACUGUAUUAUAUAAUGGCACUAUUUUAUUGUGGAUGGUGUAAAAUAUAUUUUAAAAUGGAAAAACUGUGGUGGACUACUUUUUUAAAAAAAUCUCCUAUGGCAGAUGUAAGUAUGAGCAGCUUGUAAUAAGUUCGUAUGUUGGUAAAAGGAGGGGAGGGGGAAUCACUUGUGUUUCUCAUCAAACAAUACUAUUCAUGGAAUGUAUGCUUGUGUAGGCUUUACUUAUGCAUAUUCUUUUACACAGUUUUGAGCUAUAACAACAAAUCUCGAACAUUUUUAAGAUUACUUUCUUGCCUUACCAUGUGUUUCAGAGCUAACAGACAAUUAAAACACAAGAAUAUACCUCAAAUUAGAAAUUCGAGGUUGGAAUAUCAACAAUAUUAUGAAAAGUAUAGGCUGCUACACACUGUAAAGAUGACAUGUCAAGUUGCAGACAGAUACAAUGAAAAGACUGUUAUACACUGAGCUUUCAGCCACAACUUUAUUCAGAAAGAAAAAAAAAAAAAAACACACACACACACACG